AUGGCCGACUACAUCCACUUCGUCCUCGCUGGUUUUGCUGAUCAAUCAAAGCAAUCGGUUGUCCAUAUGUCAGCACUUUUCCAUGCUUUUCAUCUUUGUCAGCUAUGGACUGUCUACUGCGAAAGAGCGGCAGUUUUCAGUUCUACCACGGCAUUCCCACAUCUACUAGACUUCUGGGCAAGAGUCACUCCAGCCAUACUACAGCUGCUAAGCCAUUCAAAAGUGUUGGCUGACAUG